CAAAUACAGCCGAAGGCACAAUCGACAAAACUACACAAAACACGACAGUCAAUAGGAUGAAAUAUACACAUAUCUUUCUAUAUUCGAAGGAUUUUUUGCAAUUAUUUUGUCUUUACAAAAUAUAUCGUCCGUUCAAACGGACUAUUUACGAGUAAAUGUGACAAGACAAAGCGAUGGUGAUAUAUUGGUCUUCAAGGAUAAAGUUGACUGUGCUUUGUUCAAUGCAAAAUGUAGUCGAGUUCCAAAUACAAAGUAUAACAUAUGUGACAGCUGUAAAUGUUUGUCAGGAUAUAGCACAUAUGUCUUAACUGAGAAUCAGUGUAUAAAUACAAAGGAAAUGACAAUUUUAAAUUGUAGUCGAAUACUUCGCCAGAAGCAAGUGACAGUGCUGAAAAAAUCGACUAAAGCCAUCAGUCGACCGUUCUGGGCGCAUCGUUGCGAAAUUAAAGAACAGCAUCCAGAGUUCUAUUCAGAUAAUAAAUUAAAGGUACUGGUACUUGGGUACGGAUGAUAGAUGUGGACUUCUCGUUAAGUCGUUUUAGCAAACACAAACACCUUGAAAAGUGGCUGGUGACAUUUAACAAUAAUACUAUUUCUAAAAUGUUGUCAAAAUAUGCCGGUAGAAUUGUGAAGUUAAAACUCAGUUGUAGAAUGCGACGGCCCCAGACGAAACAAACCGAUUUGUGUAUUAUAUUCAAAAUAGCUGGUUCUGUCACUGACACUGGUGUGAAUUCAACCCUUGUCAGGCAUCCUUAUGACCCUGCAACUAAUCCGACUAGAGUGGAUACGUUAUGGCACACAGCAAAUGGUUAUACUAGCACUGAAUUAACCAAGUAUAGUAUAAUAAAGACAUCACUGCCAUCUGGGAACAACACUGCCCAAGAUCAAAAAUCAAAAAGUGGAAAAACCAAUCACGUCAUUUGGAUUAUAAUAACAGUUUUUAUUGUCAUUAUAAUCGUAUUGAUUGCAGUAAUUGUCUUUAUAUGUUUCAAGAGAAGGAAAACAAAGAGAACAAAUGAGGAAGAUCGAAGAAGAGACAUUAGGCUACACGAAUAUGAUGUUCCUAUAAAGUCACAAUUUCAAGACGUACAUGGGGGUAAUCCACAAGGAGCGGACCAUAUUUAUGCAACAAUUCCAGAAAUGCAGUAUGCCGAUUCAGCUACUUGCAGUAGUCCUCACGAGUAUCAAGAACUAAAUCCAAGUGAUAGAGAACAAGAUGCUUCACAUUAUCAACCUCUAGUACGGCGCAGUGGUAGUGAGUUGCAGUAUGUUGACAUCUUGCCUCAUCAGGCAGACGUUGGCAGUAAUUACUAAUGACAGAAAUACUUGAUUCUGCAGAGAAAAGUUCAUACACAUAUCUAGUCGACACUAUGUAUAAUCUAUAUAGUUUUGCCUAACCUGAUUUUGCUUUUCACUCAUAAAUUACUUGAAUUACUGCACAGUAUAUACAGUAGAGUCCAUCUGGCAGACCAUUAUAAAAUAUAUCUGCAACGCAGGGGUAGAGGUUAUAUAUACAAGAAGUCCCCCAAGGAGAACAAAUAACGAACUUUAUGGUCCUAAAAAUUUAUUUACUAUCUACAACAUCUGUACUUAAAAAUUUCAUCCUCCUUCAAAACAACCUCCAUCCCGGCUCGGUGUUGUAUCAGAUUGCACUCCACCCGUCUAGAGGCAAGAAAAGCAAUCGAUAUUUAUGCACUGAAAUAAUUGGUUACCUCUGCACUAGAGAACUGUAAGAAUG